CUUCAUCUUGUGCAAACCACAUGGUGUCAGAAGUGGUCGGAAUGCGGCCGAUGUACGCAGCCAGUGAAAGAAAAACGUACGGGUAGCAAGCCAACGAGGGCGGCUCGAAGGUCCGAACUAGUACGAGAAUGGAGAACGGGGAACAGCAACAGCGCCAGCAGACCAGCGCCCCAGUCACCACGCUACUGCCACCGCCAAGAGUCCUGGACACCACAGGAGACGUAUGGCAAAGUUGGAAGACGUGGCGGCAGGAGUUCGAGCUCUUCGCAACGGCAACGUACCUAAACCAGCAACCCAAAGAGAGACUUAUGGGCCGACAGGCGAGGACGCUGCUACCAGUCACAGAAAGCCACCUGCGACCGCAAACCAUACCCCCUCAAGACGUGCAACGGAGGCUCCACGACAUCAGGACUAAACAACGUUCCUUCUACAACCGAGGCACAAGGUCUCUACCAGAUCUUCCUAAUGGCUCCCGCGUCACAGUGUACAGCGUGCCAUCAAAAACCUGGUCCCCUGCUACAGUUGUCAAGCCUGCCAACAGCCCGAGAGCCUACAUUAUCGAGACCGAAGAAGGGCUCCAGUUGCAGCGCACCAGGGAACACCUCCGUCUGGCACCCACUCCUGCGGCAGACUCAUUGGCGCCCACACAUGAACAUCGACUCACAGUGGGAACCACAGAGCCACAACUGCGUAGAAGCGAACGCAACCGCCGACCACCACGAAGAUACCCGAUGCCAGAACUUCCGUGA